AUUUACACAUCUCUAUUGUGAAUUGUCCGUCAUUUUUCGUUCAUUCUUGUGUUUGCAAAAUUAUGUUCGUUAUUCUUGUUUUACGAAGCCAAUUUUCCGAAUUCUUUUGAUGAAAAUAAUCUUUGUCGUAAAAAUAUAACGGGAAAAAGUAAUAAAGCCAUUAUUAUUGAAUUUGUAUAAAAAAAAAAAACUAAAUAAUUGCUGUGGAUACAUGUCGCAUAACCAUUUUGCGCGGGAAAUACAUGUACCCUACGAAUAUUAAAAUAAAUAAAAAAGUGAUACAAAAAUGACUGAUGCCUUGUGCCAUUUGGUGGUGGACGGUAACGAGAUUUUGGAGUUAAAGUUGGUGAUAAUUAUUUUUCAGUAAGAACAACAGACGAUCUUGAGAAUGAUGAAUCUAGCUUCAGUCCAGAUAUGUGCCACCAAGUAUUUGGAGAGAAUGAAAACAUAUUUGGGUACACAGAUUUGCAUAUCAAACUUUAUUACAGUGCAGCCAGUCUACAGACAUAUCUCGGCAUAGAUUAUACAGAUAAGAUUGAGCCCAGUAAGUCAGAGGGUAUGAAAGCUGAUGAUGUUGAGGGUGCUCUAAAGAAGGUGCUAGCUCCUGGAUAUGUAACCAAUUUAGAUCAUUUUGUUUCCGUGUUGAAAAAAGAUGAAUCAUUCACUCCACAUGGCCAACUUCUACAUGCCUUUACGGUCACACCAUAUAAUGGCAGUGACAAAAGAACAUUUGAGAUAUAUUACUGUGAGACAUCCACACCAGGAUUUUUGGAUUACCAUCAGCGCCUACAAACAUUCUUGCUGUGGUAUGUGGAUGCAGCCUCGUUUAUAGAUGUUGAUGAUGAUAUGUGGACCUUCUUCACAGUAUUCGAGAAGUACCAGUCGAGCGAGGGAUGUACGCGCUAUGCGUCGGCGGCGUACGCGACCGUGUACCGAUACUACGCAUACCCGCGGCACUCGCGCCCGCGCAUCUCGCAAGUGCUCACGCUGCCGCCUUUCAGGAAACUUGGACUGUGCGCCGAACUUCUGAAGGCAAUUUACUCUCAUUUUGUAAUAAUACCUGAAGUUGUGGACAUGGCUGUUGAAGAUCCGUCAGACGACUUUCAAAGAAUUAGAGAUUAUGUUGAUGCAAAGAACUGCGAAACUCUGCCGGCGUUUCAACCUUCAAAGUUAUAUCAGGGGUUCUCGAUCGAAAUGGCUAAUCAAGCGCGUAACAAAUUCAAGAUAAACAAGAAACAAGCGAGACGAGUAUAUGAAAUACUUAGACUGAAAAACACUAAUACAUCUGAUAAAACAGCCUACUUGAAUUACAGGCUCGAUGUUAAGAAUAGACUUAAUGCUCCUUUCCAGAAAAAGAAAUUAGAAAUGAAAAAGUUACAAAAAGUGUUGAAGCCUGAAGAGUAUGCCGCCACAAUAAGUGCGACCGGUCCGAGCGAGACGCACGGUCGCCUCGCCAGCCAGUACCACGCGCUAGAGCAGGAGUACCGCCGCGUCAUACACCGGAUGGAACAAUAUUAGGCAACAAGCGUUGGGGUGAGUUCGGAAUAUGGGGCAAUACUAUUUGAAAAUUUCUUCUUUUAAAACUCAUUCUUUGGAAACAAUUGUGAUACUAAAAAUUGCACUUCGGCUGUAUUGCCUGUGCAACGUAAUUCUUGCUACCACUUUGAAUAAAUAAUAUUACCCUGUGAUUCAUACUUACGCCAACGCACUAAAUAGUCAGGGUCAGAGAAUUUUACACAGAAUGGAAACAUAGCAUUAAUUCAUCAUGCAAGGCCUUCCUAUAUUAUAUACUUAUUGUAAACAUCUGAUAGAAAAUGUUUUGCUUACGCUAGUGUCAAACAACAGCAAGAGAAAACACAGUGUAACUACAGAUGUACUCAAUGAUUUUUAGGUAAGGAGUCUGUGUUUUAUGCUUAUCAUUCGAGUUUAUUUUUACAUUAUAAAAAGUACUUUACCCAACUGUGUGAAAACGAUGGCAUUGAGAAGUCUUUAGAGUCAGCGGAUUAGGCAAGAAUAUGGGUGUUUCAUAAAAAAAAGACCUCACCUUUUGUAAUUUCAAGGACUGACCUCAGUGUUAUAUAAUUUUCAAUAUUAUAACAACAGAAGUUGUUAUAAUACUUGGCUGCUCAACAAGUAUUGUUUAAUCAAACAAUACUUGUUGAGCAGUAGUUUCAAUCAAUUUUAUAACCAAUGUUAAGUACUAUUUUUGUUUUAAAGUCCCACUGUCGAAAAAAUGCGGGAAAAGUAAUUGUUAAAAAUGAUCUCACAUAGCUCAAAAUCAGACAUAAUAUUAUGUUCAAAAUGCCAAUGUGUGUAAUGGGAAUUAAUUUCAGUGAUAUAAUUUGAAAUGUCGAAAGUUGGUUUUAUUCAUUUUUUUUUUAUAUUCAAUUAAUAACGUAAAAUGUAAUGUUACCUUAAAGGGAGAUUAUAUUUUGGAGUGCCUUAAAAAUUGUUUACAGCCACAUCAAUUGGGACUGUUUCAAUUACUUUUUAUCAAUAAGAAAAAAAAAUAUAGAGGUCUGUGCAGAUCUUGUGAAUUCGAUUUAUAAUAACUUACCAUGUCAACUUAAUUUUAAUAUUCGAAUGAUUUGAGUGUUUGAUUAAUAAUUGUUUUCGUUAUGGUUGUAAGAAUGGAUGUCAUUUUUAUAAUAAAACUGCAUUGAAAUGAAA